AUGGCAUCUGAUGCUAACGAUUUAUACGCUUCAGCAAUGUCGGAUUUAGACAGUGAAUAUCCGAGAGCAGAAAGUGGAAGACCUAGAACAGCUAUUUUAACAGUGUGGUUUGAGUAUCCCAAAAACAAGUUUUUCCAACCGAUACCAGUUAAAGAUAAAAUCACUUUCACGAAUAAAGAAGGUAAAAAGGAAACUGGUAACAAAAUCAGGUUCAGAAAUGGUUUCUGUCACGACGUUUUAACAUCGGUUGAUAUUCAAGAAAUAGUGAAAGCCGGUGGAAGAAUUAUUAGAAUAUUAGAUGGUAUAGUAUACGAAGAAAAUUUUAAAACUCCACCCUAUAGAGAUUAUAUUUUAAUUUUGAGAGAUCUAAGAAAUAAAUACUAUUGCAAAGGUAAAAACGAUUACGGUGACGGUGGAAUUAUAUUUGGUUUAUAUUUAGCACCAAAAGUCAAAUACAAUAUCAUUCUAACUUCCGAUGGUGUUUUAAAAGAAAAGAAAACGUUUAAAGGUUAUUCUAAUGAUAAGAUAAGUGUAGAAGAUUACGUUCAGUUAGCAAGCGGACAUGACGUGUCGAACGAAUUUAAUAAACCAUGGGAAAAAAGUUUCACCAAUGGAGUAGUUAUUCCAAAUGAUAAACAAACUAAAGUUUUUAGAAGUUAUUUGAAUAAUGUUAAAAGAAAACCACCAAACAGUGAAGGAAUUAUGUAUCCUUACAACGACAAAGAUGAGUAUAGUUUUGAUGAAAACUAUGAAUUUGAUGAUUUCGAUUAUCUUACUGUUCAAGAAGAGAAUGAAGAUUGUUUUAAAUGA